AUGACUCUGAGCGCGGAGAUGUCCGCCUCCGCCUUGGCCGAAGAGACAGACAUCGACGUGGUCGGGGAGGGAGAGGACGAGGGGGGCGGCGACGAGGAUGAGGACGACGAGGAGGAGCCCCCUCCUCGGCGUCCCUACGCCUCCUCGCAGCCGGGACCCUUCAGGGCGGCGGGCGGCGGCAAGAGCAGCCUGGUGAAGCCUCCCUACUCGUACAUCGCGCUCAUCACCAUGGCCAUCCUGCAGAGCCCCAAGAAGCGGCUGACGCUGAGCGAGAUCUGCGAGUUCAUCAGCGGCCGCUUCCCAUACUACCGCGAGAAGUUCCCGGCCUGGCAGAACUCCAUCCGCCACAACCUGUCGCUCAACGACUGCUUCGUCAAGAUCCCCCGCGAGCCGGGCAAUCCGGGCAAGGGCAACUACUGGACUCUGGACCCGGAGUCCGCCGACAUGUUCGACAACGGCAGCUUCCUGCGGCGCAGGAAGCGCUUCAAGAGGCAGCCGCUGCCGGCGUCCGAAUUGCUCCUCCGCGGGCUCGAACCCUCCGCCGCCGCCUUCCUUCACCCGCCGGCCGCACAGCCGCCGCCGCCGACCGGGCACCCCGGCCAACCCCCCGCGUACGCCUACGGGCCUUACAGCUGCGGCUACGGGCUCCACCUCCAGCCCUACCCGGCGCCCUCGACUCUCUUCGCUUUCCAGCCCCAGGAGAGGCGGCCGUCGGCGUCGGGCCCCGUCCUGCCACCUGCCCCGCCUUCCCUCCUGGGCCCGGCAGCGGCGGCGGGACCGGAGCUGGCCCGGACUACCAGUUUCAACUACGCGGCCCAGCUCGGCCCGUCGCUGGCCGCUUCUUUGCACGCGGCCGCCACCAAGACCACUUCGGUCUUGGCGCGCUCCCCGUUCUCCAUUGAGAGCCUCAUCGGAGGCAGCGUGAGCCCCGGGCUGGGGAACCGCUGCGGGUCUCAGGCCGCGGGGCUGCCGGUCCUGGCACGAACUUUGAUGGCCUCGCCGUCGCCUUCGCCCUCGCUGGCUUCUCCCGCCGCCGCCGCCGCCGCCGCCUCUCUGGGAACUCUGCCCCACGGGGCGGCCUUGGGCAGCAUGGAAAGCUGCGCGGCCAGGAUUUCCAAUUGCUAG